UCUGUCAGUUUGCUUGAUCGUCGUGGUUUGUCAUAUAGGAUUUGGUCAUUUUAUGUUAUUACUAUCGUGCUGAUAUUUGAGUUAGUAUCUGAGAUGGCAGUUUCGAAGUCUACGAACACCUACAACCGACAAAAUUGGGAAGAUUCUGACUUCCCGAUAUUAUGUCAGACGUGUUUGGGCGAUAACCCAUAUAUACGAAUGACCAAGGAAAAAUAUGGAAAGGAGUGUAAAAUAUGUGUACGUCCUUUCACUGUAUUCCGUUGGUGCCCUGGAUCCCGCAUGCGCUUCAAGAAAACGGAAAUCUGCCAGACCUGUUCCAAAUUGAAGAAUGUGUGCCAAACAUGCCUUUUGGACCUUGAAUAUGGGCUUCCGAUUCAAGUUAGAGACGCUGCUCUCAAAAUUCAAGAUGAUCUACCACGAAACGAAGUCAAUAAGGAGUAUUACAUACAGAAUCUGGACAAUCAAAUGUCAAAGUCUGAUGCAAGUCAGCCAAGUAACUCUGCUUUGAAAUCGAAGGGUGCUUCGGAUCUGUUGUUACGUUUGGCUCGGACAGCCCCUUAUUAUAAGAGAAAUAGACCACAUGUUUGCUCUUUCUGGGUGAAAGGAGAAUGUCGUCGUGGUGAAGAAUGUCCAUAUCGCCACGAGAAGCCCACUGACCCAGAUGACCCAUUGGCCGACCAGAACAUCAAAGACAGAUAUUAUGGCGUAAAUGACCCUGUAGCCGAGAAGUUGAUGCGUCGAGCAGCUGCCAUGCCGGCACUACCUCCACCUGAAGACAACACGGUCACAACACUGUAUGUGGGCAACCUUCCGGACAACAUCAACGAAGAGGAACUGAGGGGCCAUUUCUAUCAGUAUGGAGAAAUAAGAUCCGUAACUCUAGUGCCUCGAGCUCAAUGUGCCUUCGUUCAAUACACAACGAGAAGUGCAGCGGAACAUGCAGCAGAGAAGACAUUCAACAGGCUCGUGAUCGGAGAAAAGAGGCUUACCAUCAAGUGGGGAAAAUCGCAAGGUCGACAAGGUGCAAAUGAGCAAAAUGAUAUGGCUCCCAGGUUGGAGCCAGUGCCUGGGCUUCCUGGCACAUUGCCUCCACCGCCAGCAUUCUUGCAUUCAUUCCCACCUCAGAUGCAGCCACCUCCAAAUCGUCCAAACGACUUUUUCAACCUUCACCAUUAUGGAGGCCCGGGUUGGCCGGCGUGGGGCGGACCCCCGAUGGGACCCGGGGCACCGCCCCCAGGGCCCCCGCCCCCGCCGGCGGGGCUCCACUACCCCAGCCAGGACCCCAGCAGGCUUGGGGCCCACGCACACGCGAACACGCCUCAAGCAUAGUGUUAAUUGUAAAUUUAAUGAUUAUGUUUAAGACAUACCUAUUGAAAGGUAUAAGUUGUGUAAAGCUCACUUCACACCGAGAUAGAAGCGGUUUUAAGCAAAGCAGAGAGAAUACAUCGUUUCGUUUUACAAUCGUAUGAAAACGGCGCGCAGUGCCGGCGCCCGCGCACGUGUCCAGCGUCUCUCGCGCGCGUGCCGUCUCUUUAAUCUCGGGGUGAAUUGAGCCUUAAAGUUGAGCGCUAAGUUAUAGUAGCUUAAUUAAUAACUUGAUCUUUCUAUUUUGAGUUUACUUCUUCCCUAAUAGUAAUUUUUAGAUAUGCGUGUUAUUAAAUUUAUGUGAACAACUGUAAUUUGGAAGCGUUUGAAAGUUGUUACGCAAGUUGGGAAUAAAUUUGCGUAACAACUUGCAUGUAAGCAUCAGUUUUCGCCAAACGAACCAAAUACAACAAAAGCUAGGAAAGCCAGUAUGUUGGUGAACUGCUAAAUGUAUUUUUCGAAAAGCAAAAAAAAAUUAUAUUGUACAUAUGAUUGUACUCUUAUACUUUUAAAUUACUCUUUUUUAUUUUAAACCUACUUUUUACAAUAAAGAUUUACUAUAGACGUAGAUCUUCAUUAUUCUAGACAAUAUAUAUUCUAGACUAGACUAUAAGAACUAUAAAGCAUGAGGAUUUUUCAGAUGAAAUGUUUGCGAUCAAAUGUUUAAUUAGCAUAUUUGUGUAUGAAUAGGGCAGUAGGACUUAUAAUAAAUAAUGUUUUGUAAUAAUACAUUAUGUAUGUUCUGUAAAUAACAAAAAAAGAAUAAUAAACGGUGUAAUG